AGUUCGAGCUGCAAAAAUGCAGUGGAAAUAUGAUAUUAGGCCAAGCUAGGGGGAAACCUUAUGAAACUAUUCAAUUUACUAUGGGCAAUGGUUGCUAGUGACUGUGCAAAUGUUCAUUUCAUUCACUUUGUUCUGGACAUACAAUUUAAUUUUGAUAAAAAGCGAUGGUUUUUAGAAAGGUUUUCAAUCGGAGUUUUUGGUAAAUUCUUGAUAAAAUGGACAUUGAGGAGCCAUUCAUCCCGACGUGUUCUUUCGUUCAAAAACUCAGCUUCGGUUUGGGUCAUGUGUUUAACGACCUUUGCGCCGCCAUGUGGUUUUCUUAUACAUUAUUUUACCUUCACGUUGUGCUAAAUAUAGAAAGUACCACUGCUGGAACCUUGCUGAUGAUCGGACAGGUUGUUGACUCUGUAGCAACCCCUUUGGUUGGUUGGGCCAUCGAUCGUACGGGAGAGCGAAGGUCUUGGCAUUUUGGAGGUAGUUUGGCUGUAGCUGUGGGAUUUUCGUUGAUUUUUUCAAUGAAACCGGUUGAACUAACAACGACAGCAUUAGUUUACUAUAUUUUGAGCAUCACGCUAUUUCAAGUUGGUUGGGCUGUUGUGCAAAUAGCCCAUUUAUCUUUAAUCCCGGAAAUAUCCAGGAAUCACAGUCACAGCUCAGAUCUAACUGCCAUCAGAUACACUGCCUCAGUUUGCUGCAGUAUGACCGUCUACUUGAUAACUUUUUUGGUCCUGCAAACUGAUGACAAUGCCUCCAUCGGUCCCCAGGAUUUUUUCAAAUUUAAGGAAAUUGCCCUCAUAAUAGUUUUCAUGGGAAUAAUGGCCUCGUUGCUGUUUUACUGCGGAUUAUUGGGCACUUUUGAAAACGAGUACGAAAUGAUACGAGAAGCUGACGAUGUGAACCAUCUGAACAGCAACAACCAGGACAAACAUUUUCUGAAACAGUCCAUUAUUUACCUGGUAUCGCUCACGUACAUGGCAUCAAGAUUGUUCACGAUCCUCAAUCUAAUUUACAUACCGCUUUAUCUGGAUGAACGUGGCGCUGUUGAAGUGGUGGCAAAGGAAAAAAUGCGCCAGACGAUUGCUACAAUUCCUCUAGUGUCUUAUGUAGCUUCGUUCCUAACGUCGAUUUUUUUAAAGUGUAGAGGACAGUGCUGUCCUGAUAAGGUGACCUAUUUAAUGGGGACAACUGUGGGAAUCAUCGCUUCAGUUUGGUUGGGAUCAGGAGUUUCUCCUAAUUCAGAUUCAGAGUUAUAUGCCAUUGCUGUAUUUUUAGGAAUUAGCGGUUCUUCAACAAUGGUUUCCAGCUUAUGCCUGACAGCAAAUUUCGUUAAAGCUAAUGGAUAUGGAGGCGGAUUGGUUUAUAGCAUAGUCACUUUUACAGAUAAGCUUAUUUCGGGUGCGGUUGUUCUACUUGUACAAAACCUACAAUGUAAUCCAAAGACGCUUUGUCCGCAUUAUUACGAAAACGUGCUUUCGUACAUUUGUGGAAUUGUUUCUCUAUUGGGAAUCGUUUCUCUAGGGACUCUGGAAUAUGAGAUAAGGAAGAAUGGAAGAAUCCGUCCGAGCAACUGAACCACCUUAGCUCUUAAGGAAAAAUAAAAGUACGAAACGAACGAAAGCAAAAAUUAAAUAAAAGCGUUUAAAUGAAGCGCAGAAAAUGUUAUAGUUUUGUUAGUGUGUUUAUAGUAGGACAUAAAAGGGAAACAGAACAGGAACGUUGCUACAAUAAAAAAAUUCGGAAUUUUUAGGAGCCGCUAACGCGUUAGAAGCGCGAUAACCUGUUAAUGAAACUAAAAUGAAUAAAACCCCAAAAAUUAA